UAUAGCUUUAUCUUCUUCACCGUGUUCAACGACAUAGAACCUUUCACUUCUGAUCCAAUUGGAAACCCUAGGACACAAAACAACCGGAUAUGGAGGAGUCUCCGACAGGUUUCAGGUUCUAUCCAACUGAGGAAGAGCUCAUUUCCUUCUACUUGCACAACCAGCUUUGCGGCCUUAAGCAGGACAAGCUUCACCGUGUCAUCCCGGUGCUCGACAUUUUCGACACUGAGCCAUGGAAUCUCCCACAGGUUGCGGGAGAGCUGUGCAGAGAAGACAGAGAGCAGUGGUUCUUCUUUGCGCCCAUGCAGGAGAGGGAGGCCAGAGGAGGGCGGCCCAGCCGGAGCAUGGCCACCGGCUACUGGAAGGCCACCGGGUCUACCAGUUAUGUUUACUCGUCUGAAAACAAGGUAAUCGGCGUAAAGAAGUCAAUGGUUUUCUACGUGGGAAAAGCUCCCACAGGAAGAAAGACCCCUUGGAAAUUGAACGAGUACAGGGCCAUUGAACUCUCGCCGAGCAAUCCUAAUUCCACGGGCAGUAAUGGCUCCAUUCCAAAGCUGAAGCGUGAAUUCACAUUAUGCCGAGUGUAUGUGGUGUCUGGGAGCUCUCGAGCAUUUGAUCGCCGGCCACCGGAAGCAGUUGCUGGAGAGACAGCAAUCCAGGUUAGCGACGGUGCUGCUAGCAGCGGAGGCAGAGCCAGUAGCGGAGGCUGUGGAGAUGGAGAUGCAUCAUUGUCAGGAGUAGUGGCAGGCAAUGCAGGAAGUUCCAGUCAAUUGGAGAUGGCAAGUUUGGAAGAACCAAUUUGGGAUUGGGAGCAACUGGAUUGGCUCUAAUUUCAUGUAGAGGUGCUCUGAUGAUGUAAUUUUUCUGGUUAUUGGUGAAAUUAUAUGUGUAUCUAUGAGGAU